AAACAGCAAACCGCACGGCGUGUUUGUCCUUUUGAAAGACGUUGUUUCUGAGUUAUAUUUGCGUAUGUUUAUUAAAUUGUAUUAGAUACGUAUUUUUAGGUUUAUAUUUUAUUUUUUGUUUUUUUUCCUAAUAAACAUUAGUACGCCGUCUUCUGUUGGUAUACAUCAUUAUUUAAAUAUUGUGCAAAUCGCGAAUGUGGAAUAUCAGAUGUUAAAUACAUAAGUUUUAAAUAGGUACAAGUACGAGGUGCCUAAAUCUGUUAAUGAAUUAUACCAGAAUCACAAGUGGAUCCGAUUUGAACACCAUCACAGUGACACGGUCGCAAUUAGUAAACUGUAAUUAUUGUAAAAAAGGUAUUACGACUCUGGAAGAGAUGGAUUCUGUGCAACGACUUGUUAUGAAAUCGAAUAAAUGUAAAUCUAAAAAUUAUGAAAACAGCACUCACAAGAACAGAGUUUUUGAAGUGCUUCAAUCUUCUCGCAAUAAAAACGACAGUUUUUGUGAUAUUAAGCUACAAACAGAUGACGGUACUAUAGUAUUUGGACAUAAAAGUAUACUGGCAUCAGCUACCCCUUAUUUCAAGACUAUGUUUUUUAGUGUUGGUGAAAGCAAUAAAGAUCUUGUUAAAAUAACAAAGUUAGAUUCAACCAUUUUAAAGUUAUUGAUUGACUAUAUAUAUACAGGAGAAAUCAUGAUAGCUCAAGAAAAUGUACAGUUUGUAUUAGUAGCUGCAGAUCGUUUACAGCUACUCUAUGUAGAACAAGUAUGUGUUGAGUUUUUACAAAAACAACUGGAUCCUUCAAAUUGUCUUGGUAUUAAAGAAUUUGCAGACUUACACAACUUUAAAAAAUUGUUGUCUAACUGUGAAGCAUUUAUUAAAAAACAGUUUUUAGAAAUAGUUAAAUAUGAUGAGUUUCUAUCUUUAUCUUCUGAAGAAGUGAUUAAAUUAAUAUCCUGUAAUGAUGUUAAUGUUCCAUUUGAAGAAAAAGUAUAUGAAUGUGUAAUUAAAUGGGUAAAACAUGAAUUGAAUCAGAGAAAACAUUUAUUACCCAAUCUAAUGGAACAUGUGCGUUUGCCAUUAGUUUCGAAAGAGUAUUUAGUAGAAAAUGUAGUUAAUGAACCUCUUCUAAAAAAUGAUCCAAAAUGUAAAGAAUAUGUAUUUGAAGCAUUACAUUUUCAAGUAAUUAAGUCAGUAAAUUCUUUCUCUAUUCCAAAAACGGUAUGGAGUAAACCUAGACAGGUACAAAAAAUCUUUUUAAUAUCAAGUUGGUCUAAAUCAGAGAAAAUGUAUAUUACAAACUGGUAUGACCCAGCAACUAACCAACUGCAGAUUGUACCCGAAAUUACUUACUGUAAUCAGUCAUCUAUUUUGUGCGUUGUAAAAGAUGAAUUUGUGUUUCUUGUAUGUGGUGAAACUCGGUGUGUUGGUAUGACUGAUAUAUCCUUACAGGGUAAUUAUAAUUGGGUUCGCAAGCCAAAUUUGUUAGAGAGACGAUCAUCAUUCAGAGUCUGUGUAUUAAACGAUUGCAUAUAUGCUAUUGGCGGCAAUACUGAAAAUUAUGAUGAUUAUUAUAAAGAUUUUUUAAAUACUAUAGAAGUUUUUAGCCUCGAUACUCAGAAAUGGAAAACAGUAUCUAAUAAGUACUCUAAAAGUGAGAGAAGAAAAUUUGGUGUUGGAGUACUUAAUAACCUCAUAUAUACAGUAGGAGGUUUUAAUGGUUCGACUUAUUUAAAAUCUGUUGAAUGUUAUGAUCCCAGUCUUGACAAAUGGUCUCCAGUUGUAGAAAUGGCAAUUAAACGGUGUGAUGUUGGUGUAGGAGUUUUAAAUGGCAUAAUGUAUGUUGUUGGUGGAGUUAGUAAAUUGGGAAUUCAUAAAUGUGUUGAAGCCUAUAAUCCAAGUGAUGGAGUUUGGACAUCUAUUGCUGAUAUGCAUUUGUGCCGAGAAAACCCUGGAGUAUUUGCAUUGUAUGGUUUAUUGUAUGUUAUUGGUGGAAAUUUUUCUAAUUCUAUUGAAAUCUAUAAUCCCAUAACCAAGUCCUGGUCGAUGAAAACAGUGUCAAUAAGUGAUCCAAUUUAUGGAGCAGUGAUCGUUAAUAAACCACCACAUUUAAUAAUUAAUUAGCAUAUACAAUCUUUAUGUUAGUAUUUUUAACUAUAUUAAUGUUUUUAUUGUUUAUAAUAAAACAUUAU